AUAUGAGCGUGUGAGUCACUCCCCUAAAAGAAUCGCUUGUCCAUUUAAGAACUGAAAACGAAACUGUUUAUGCUGUAAAGGACGAGUGGUAUUUUGGAAGGAAUGCAGGCUACAGCUAUGAAAAGCUCUAAGGAAGCCAUUCAGAAUGCUGCCAAGGAGUUCUUGAAAUUUGUGAACCAAGGUGUCUCACCCUAUCAUGUGGUGGAAGAAUGCAAACUGCGCCUGAAGUCUGCGGGAUUUCAGGAACUGAAGGAAAGUGAGCACUGGAACAUCAAGCCAACUAAAAAGUACUUUGUUACAAGAAACUAUUCUACCAUUAUUGCGUUUGCUGUUGGUGGCCAGUACAAACCUGGAAAUGGCUUUAGCAUAAUUGGAGCACAUACUGAUAGUCCAUGUCUCAGGGUGAAGGCUCGAUCUAAGAAGGCCAGUGUUGGUUUUCUGCAGGUGGGAGUAGAAUGUUAUGGUGGUGGAAUCUGGAGUACCUGGUUUGACAGAGACCUCACUAUUGCAGGAAGGGUGAUGGUAAAGAAUGAAGACAAGCUGGAACACCAUUUAGUUCAUCUAAACCGUCCUAUCCUGAGAGUCCCUCAUCUGGCAAUCCAUCUGCAGCGGGAUAUCAAUGAGAAAUUUGGACCAAAUAAGGAAAAUCACUUAACUGCUGUUCUAGCCACAUCGGUCAGUGCAGAGUUGGAAGCUGAAGAGUCUUCUGGGGAAGAGAAGACUGUCACUAGUGCUGACAAAACUCCUGAAAGGCAUCAUCCUGUCUUGUUGUCACUGCUGGGCUCUCAACUCGGACUGAAGUCUUCAGAUAACAUACUUGACUUUGAGCUAUGCCUUGCAGAUACCCAACCUGGGGCAAUCGGUGGUGCCUUUGAUGAAUUUAUUUUCUCUCCGAGACUUGACAAUCUACAUAGUUGCUAUUGUGCCCUACAGAGCUUGAUCGAGUCGAGCCAAGAUUCAUCUUCCUUGGAAAAAGAGACUAAUAUUCGUGUCAUCGCUCUGUAUGACAAUGAAGAGGUCGGUUCUGAGAGUGCUAAUGGAGCAAUGUCAUCUCUCUCAGAAAUGGUCCUAAGACGUCUAUCCUGCACUCCUGACAACCUUACUGCCUUUGAGGAGGCCAUUGCAAAGUCCUUCUUGAUCAGUGCUGACAUGGCUCAUGCUGUACAUCCAAACUACUCAGAUAAACAUGAAGAAAACCAUAGGCCAUCUUUUCAUAAGGGUCCUGUAAUAAAGCUGAAUAGUAACCAACGGUAUGCUACAACAGCCAUUACUGCGUCUGUGAUACGAGACAUCGCUAAAAGUGUUGGGAUUCCACUCCAGGAGUUGAUGGUGAGGAAUGACAGCACUUGUGGCACCACAAUUGGGCCUAUCCUUUCUGCCAAGCUUGGAAUUAGGGUUGUGGACCUUGGUUCUCCCCAACUUGCUAUGCAUUCUAUCCGUGAAAUGUGUUGUACAUCUGGAGUUCUGCAGAGCAUUUCUUUGUUUAAGGGCUUUUUUGAGCUGUAUCCUACUGUGAACAGUAAUAUGAUAGUCGACUGAAGAGACUUUUACAGAAGAAAAGUGAAGAAACAGAAUUCAUCAUAAAAUCAUGCAUACUGUGCAAAUGAAACACGUUCAGAACCUGGUGCAAUAGAAAAUAAACUUGUAUGAAUCAG